ACAAGAACGGAAUUUGGUACUUUCAAUAAUGAGCGAUAACCUCCUACUUUCAAGUGAUUUCUUCAAAAAAAGGCACCGACAGCUCCUCUGUAUCAAAUAAUAAUAAGAAGAAGAGACAUCAGGUCUCGGAUGAAGACAGGGAAAAAUCUGUAUCUCCGGCUAAACGCUAUAAGGUUACACUUUCAGAAACUUGUAAAAUUUAUUUCAAUCUCUCUAUCCUAGGGCGAUCAAGAUAUUGACUGCAACUCGAAUUCAUGUUCAUUUCGUGUCCUCCUUUGUUACAGCCUACAAAACGAACUAGCAAGCAUCAUGUCUUGUCAGAUUCGGAAAGUGAAGUGACAGAAGUAAAAGAAAAACCACGGAAGGGAAAAUCUUCUGACAGGGAAAAAUUUCGGGGUGAAAAAGGUGCCUCGGGCUCAAAAACUUCCCGAAGAUCGCCAAAGCCUGUGAAACGAAACAAAAAACGACAUGUCUUAUCAGAUUCAGAAGACGAAGUGGUAGAAGUGAAAGAAAUAUCUAAAAAGGCAGAGUAUGGCAAAAAAGAAAAACUUCCACUGAAAAAGAUUGCCACAGCAGCUGAUGUGUUUGGUAAUAAGCCAGUCAAGAGAAUCGAAGCACCAAAACCUUCUAAAAAACUGAUGGAGGAGGAUGAUGAUUUCUUUUUCGAUGAUAAACUGGAGGCUGUGCUGGAUCAGUUAGCAACGGCUGAAACUGAGCUGGAUCGCGAAGCCGAAACCAGUAGCAAAAAAAAUGAAAUUGAUAAUCGCAAGAAACAGUCUAACGGGAAUGCGUCCAUUACAACAGGGUCUAGCAAGGAAGGAAGAAAGACUAGCAAGGUUACGAGGUCUAGUGAAAAAACUAUGGAUGAUACAGUAACUGGUAUCAAUGAGGAUGGCCAAGUUCCAAAAAAAACUAUGCGUAAUCUUGUGAAGCAAGAAUUAGAUGACGACCACAAAGAAAAGGGCAGUGACAAGAGUCCUGAGUUUGAGACCAGCAAGUUCAUCGAAGUACCUCACAGUAAUAAAAAAACAACAAAGGAUGCAACAUAUCAAAAAGGAAUAUCAAAAAUUGAAAUAGACAAAACAACCGGACAGAAACGGAAGCGCAGCAUUGAGGACGAUGACCCUGAUCCCUACGAAGCACUGAUUCAAAAGAAGAAGCACAAUUCUGCUUUAUAUCAGCAGUAUUUACAAAGAGGCGGUGCUAGACAUCCAGGCUCUAAAGAAAUACCAACGGGAGCAAACAAUUGCUUAGCUGGUCUGAGUUUCCUGAUAACAGGAGUUUUGGAUUCAUUGGAAAGAGAUGAGGUGGAUGAUUUGAUAAAAAAAUAUGGAGGACGUCUGUUACAUCAAGUUUCAAAAAAGACAGAUUAUGUAAUACUGGGUGAUGAACCAGGACCAGCAAAAUUGGAAAAGACUAAAAAACUUGGAGUUAAAACGAUAUCCGAGGAUGAACUAUUGGAACUAAUUCGAACGCGGCCUGCGGGUCAGGGAACUUCAUUAACGGAUGACAAACAUCACGCUGGCAAAGAAAAGAAGCUACCUAGCAAAAUGAAGAGAAAAACGCCAGAGCCUGAAACACUGACAUCUUCAAAACUUCUGUCUUCAGAGACUGGAAACUCAUCAAAACUUAAUUCAGAAAUCUCUGACAUCGAUCCAAAAUCACUGAUAUCUGGAUAUUCGGGUACUACAAAGUCGUCAGAAGUUUUGCAGUCAAGCAACGUACCUACAAUGGUUCGUGUACCUUGUGAAACUGACUCUCAAGUUUGGGUCGAGAAGUACAAGCCAAAAAAUAUGAAGCAAAUUAUCGGUCAGCAAGGGGAUAAAAGCAAUGCCCACAAGCUUUACAAUUGGCUAAAAAAUUGGCAAAAGAAUCACAGUGGAGAUGUCAAGUUGACGCGACCUAGUCCCUGGGCACAACAUGAUGGAUCAUUUUUCAAAGCUGCUCUCUUAUCUGGCCCACCAGGAGUUGGAAAGACUACGACGGUACAAAUUGUUUGCAAUGCUCUAAACCUGGAUGCUAUAGAAUUCAAUGCUUCUGAUACUCGGAGCAAAAGACUCUUGAAAGAAGAAGUCUCCGAGUUGCUGAAUAACAAAUCCAUGAAGAGCUAUUUUGCUGAUGGUAAUAAUAAGAAACCAGAUUUGGAUCACGUUUUGGUGAUGGAUGAAGUUGAUGGAAUGGCUGGUAACGAAGACCGAGGUGGUCUGCAAGAACUGAUUGCACUGAUUAAAACUACAAGUGUACCUGUCAUUUGUAUUUGUAAUGAUAGAAACCAUCCUAAAAUGAGAACUCUGUCAAAUUACACGUUUGACCUCAAAUUUCAGAAGCCUGGAAUGAACCAAAUUAGGUCUGCAAUGUUGUCGAUAUGCUUCAAAGAGAAAAUUGAAAUCUCCAAGGAUGACCUUAGCCGGUUAAUCGAAUCCACCAAUUGUGAUGUUCGGCAAGUUUUGAAUCACUUAUCGCUCUUGGCAAAUAAUUCGUCAAUCGACGAAGUGUCUAAAACAAGGAAAUGCAACAAGGAUUUACGUUUGGGUCCCUGGGAUGUUGUUCAAAAAGUUUUUACUUUUGAGGCACACAAAACUAUGUCGAUACACGACAAGAGCAAUCUCUUUUUCCAUGAUUAUAAUAUCGCGCCUCUUUUCGUCCAGGAGAAUUACCUGGGUGUAACACCAAACUGUCCCAAAGACCAACUGUUAGAAACCGUAGCAAAUGCGGCAGAAAGUUUGGUGCUAGGAGAUUUGGUUGAAAAUUCAAUUCGUCGCAAUGGGACCUGGACAUUAUUGCCAAUGCAAGCUUGUUACUCUUCCGUAAUUCCCGGCACAUUGAUGGCCGGUAACAUAUCGAGGCAAAUCAUGUUUCCUUCUUGGCUUGGUCAGAAUUCUAAAAGAGGAAAAUUUGACAGAUUACUUCAAGAAAUCACAAUGCACACGCGACUGGCAACAUCGUCGAGCAAAGAUGCGAUAAAUUUAGAUUAUCUGAAGCAUUUGAGAGACGCGGUAGUCAAACCUUUAGUUGACAAUGGUGCAGAAGGUACUGCCACGGCACUGAACGUGAUGAACUACUAUCACUUACUAAGGGAAGACUUGGACUCACUAACAGAGGUCUCGUUGUGGCCGGGACAGCAUGACCCUAUGCAGGCACUGGAAAGUAAGGUCAAAGCAGCUUUCACGAGAGCGUUCAAUAAGAGUGCCAUUAUGAGACCAUACGCUUUCACCAAAGGCACUGAAAAAAAGAAGCGAGCUCAAUCUGUGUACAGCGAAGAUGCUUUGGAACUAGAAGAAGAAGAAGAGGCGUCAGAGGAAGACGAGGAUACUCCUGCCGUAAACGUGAAGACUAAGACGAAGAAAGCACCUGCCGCUGCCGAUAAAAAAGCGGCUGGGACUUCGGGUGUAAAGAAAAAGAGUAGCAACCCACGCGCGGCAAAGUCAAAGGCGAAUAAAUAGAGUGUAGCAUCUUGGCUUUUACUCCAAAUACUCUGACAGCCAACGCGUUGAUCGCAUCUUGUACAUCAUAGGUAACGCGUUUGUCUUCUCAUUUUGCUUAAUGAAAGUUCCAAUAAUCAAAGCUUCAGUUAAUCGUUGAAUACAUUUAUUAUUUAUGAUUCUUCCGACGCGAGUAGAAAAUAUUAUUUUGCCCGUAUUAAGGACUCUGCCAUUUCACCAGACUUGAUUAUGUAUAAAUAACUACUUGUAAUACGAGAAAAAAUAAAAUCAGCAUGUUUCAU